UUGUGCUGAUGAGUGUAAAGUUUGAGCAGUCGGCUCUCUUCUUGUAGUUGCUUUUGUUUGUAAGAGCUGCAUGUGUGUCUAUGUAACAAGCCCUCCCAGGGGGUCAGUGUGAAUGAAGCCAGUGCUUAGCAGCAGCAGCUCUGUGCCCAUGAUCAGCAGCAGCAGCAGCAGCACAGCCUGGUGUCCUUCCCCUGCCUGCAUCAUGCUGCCUCUUGUGUGUGAUCUGCCCAGACGCAUGUAACAUGGAUUAGGAGCACAGCACAAGGAGCUGGAGUUGGAGGAAGUCCUCGUACUGACUGCCUUCUACAGUCCCUGCACUUCUCUGCACCUACCUACCAGAGGGGAUUCACUUCUAUUUCAUCCACUGAGUGCACUGGAUGGAUGUGGAUAUGCUUGCACUGGCACAGGGAGAGCAGUGCCAGGUCUGUGCCCUGCCAGGGAUGCUGGAGACCAGGCAAAGGAAGAGCAGGACCCGCAGGAAAAGGAAAGAGCUGCUGCUGGGGCAGAUGUGCCUCAUGGGCAGCCUCAUGCUGCUGGCCUCUGCUGUCUCCCACUGGGCUGGAAUACUGGGUGUUGAAGAAGACAACUCAUUACAUAGAAACCAGAGAAAUGUAUUAGAUGUUCAUACCAAUAGUAAUGGACGAGGACUGCUUUGGACAGAUGGUGAAAAUUUCACCGAAAUUCCAGGUGAACACAGACGCAAGAACUGCACUGAACCAGCUCUUCAUGAAUUCCCCAGCGAUAUCUUCUCACAUGAGGAGCGGCGGCAUGGAGCCAUCAUUCUGCAUGUACUAUUUGCGAUGUACAUGUUUUAUGCUCUUGCAAUUGUCUGUGAUGACUUCUUUGUCCCUUCGUUGGAGAAAAUUUGUGAAAGAUUGCAGCUCAGUGAAGAUGUGGCCGGGGCUACAUUUAUGGCCGCUGGGAGCUCAGCUCCAGAAUUGUUUACAUCUGUGAUAGGAGUGUUCAUCACAAAGGGAGAUGUGGGAGUUGGAACCAUCGUUGGUUCGGCUGUAUUCAACAUCCUAUGUAUAAUUGGAGUCUGUGGCUUGUUUGCGGGACAGGUGGUCGUCCUGUCGUCUUGGUGUUUAUUGCGAGAUGCUACCUACUACACCUUGUCUGUUAUUGCACUAAUUAUAUUUAUAUAUGAUGAAAAAGUUGCCUGGUGGGAGUCCGUCAUUCUGGUCACGAUGUAUGCUAUUUACAUUCUUAUAAUGAAAUUCAACUCAUCUAUUCACCAGUGCUUUGAAAAAAGGAUAAAAGGAGCUGGAAAUCUGCCAAAUGGGCUGGCAAAUAAUGCAGAAAUAGAUGACAACAUCAACUGUGAUGCAACUGUGGUGCUACUCAAAAAAGGUACAGGAAAUUUUCACCGUAAAACCUCAGUGAUUAUGGUGGAUGAGAUACUUUCUGCAUAUCCACACCAGCUUUCAUUCUCCGAGGCCGGAUUGAGGAUCAUGAUUACUAGCCACUUUCCACCAAAAACUCGUCUCUCCAUGGCUAGUCGCAUGUUGAUAAAUGAGAGACAGAGAUUAAUAAACAGCCGAGUCUACGCAAAUGGAGAAUCUGAGGUUUCGAUUAAAAUUCCUAUUAAACAUGCUGUUGAGAAUGGAACAGGUCCUGGAAUAUCUACAGAAAGAAAUGCAAAUGGCACACGAAAAGAUGAAGAUGUUGCUGAAGCUGGCAAUGAAACUGAGAAUGAAAAUGAAGACAAUGAGAAUAAUGAAAAUGAUGAAGAUGAAGAAGAGGAUGAUGAUAAUGAUGGACCUUUCACACCAUUUGAUAUUCCCACUGGGAAGGUUACUAAACUAAAAUGGGUGAUCACCUGGCCAUUGAGUUUCCUCAUGUACUUCACCGUACCCAACUGUGCUAAACCUCGAUGGGAGAAAUGGUUUAUGUUUACUUUCAUCGGAUCUUCUAUCUGGAUCGCAGCUUUCUCUUAUGUGAUGGUCUGGAUGGUCACUAUAAUCGGGUUCACCUUGGGAAUACCAGAUGUAAUUAUGGGCAUCACCUUCCUGGCUGCUGGAACAAGUGUCCCGGACUGUAUGGCCAGCCUCAUAGUUGCAAGACAAGGUAUGGGAGAUAUGGCUGUAUCCAACUCCAUCGGAAGCAAUGUAUUUGAUAUCCUUAUUGGCCUCGGACUCCCUUGGGCUCUACAGACUCUCGCUGUGGACUAUGGUUCAUAUAUACAUCUUAACAGCAGGGGCCUCAUAUAUUCUGUGGCUUUGCUCCUGGCUUCCUUGUUUGUUACGGUCUGUGGUGUUCACCUGAACAAGUGGAAACUGGACAAGAAGCUUGGACUGACAUGUCUAUUUCUGUAUAGCAUCUUCCUGUGUAUCUCCAUCCUCACGGAAUUCAAUGUUUUCACUUAUGUGAACUUGCCCAUGUGCAGAGGCGGAAUCUGAUCUAGCAGGCAGACGUGUCACAGAGACUUUAUUUUACUGUUUGGUGCAAUACAAAGAAACGACCCUCGCCAUAAAAAUGGUGAUGCACCCGGAGGUCGUCAAGUCUGUCUCGGUCACUGUUCAGGAGAAUUACUUCUUUCUAUGGCUCCCCAUUCUGCCCAAUGGGGACAUUUUCUUCAUAGUCUUUUUUGUGUUUUUUUUUUUUAUUGUUUGAGAUUCCAAUAUUUGCUAAAAUGUUGUCCUUUUUAACAGUGACCAGGGUUUUAGAUAAAAGGCUGCUAACUGGCCCAGAGCCAGCCCCAAUCAAGUCUGCUACAAAUCCUUCUUAUUUAUUUGGUGAGGAACUUAAUGUAAUUUAUAACUAGAGAUUGUUGAAAAGUUGCAGAAGAAUGGAAACUAUUCAUUACCAGGGAUUCAUUUUGAGGAAUAUCAAGGGAUGAAAUAGCUGAAACCCUUUCCCAAAUUGAGAUGGAACAAGCUUUGAUGAACCCAGUGGACAGCAGUGCACAUUUGAAGCAAGGUCACAGGCUGACAUAGAAACUUUUCGAAAAAACUGAGUGUGUUCACAUUUUUGCUAAAGAAGGACAGAGGAAAAUAACUUUUUAUACAAUGAACAAAUUUCUUUCGUAAGACAGUAGAAAACAGUAGAUUUGUAGAGACAGUAUCAGUCUGUUCUCGUAAUUACUGCAACCGGCAACAUAGUCAACUAAAAAGUCAUUGGUUGCUCCUUAGUUGUGUGUUUCUAGUGCUGGAUUUGCUGAACAAUGGAAAUCAAUGCAAUAUGGUAAUUGUUCAGUACUAUUAAUGGUUCUUUCCUAGUCCAUGGUGGCACCUGAAGGUCUGCUAUCUUCUCUAGUUAGUCUGCCUGGUACAGUAUUUUUCUAUACAUAGCUACAUAGUAGGUAUCAGCUACUAUGUACAGAAGUCAUAAAUAAUUUGCUUUUUCAGUUAUGGACACUGGUUUCUUAUAAAAGGCAUAUUUUGCACAAAUGCUUUUUGAUGAUGAUACAACAUUAGACGGUUUUUGAAGUGUACACUGGAUGUGGCCAUAUUGUAUUUACAUUUUAAGCAAAAGAUCUCAUAAUAGGGGAUCAACCAAGGCAGAAAAUAUGCAUCCAAAACCGAUUCUAGUUUUCACAGACCAGCCAUUUUUUGCAGUAUAAAAGUUUAAUUUAUUAUGCAUGUACAGAGAGGAAAAUUAUUUGAAGAAUACUAGAAGUAGUUUCUAUAAGUCAUGAAAGCUGCCGUUAAUUCAGGGAUUUUAGUGGAGGACAUACGCACUGCAAUGCUUAUUUUUGUAAACAUAAGAUAUAUAUAUAAAUAUAUAUACAGCUAUUUCAUUGUGGUGCAUUGUCCUGUAUAUUUAAUAUAGCAAGUGAAAAACAGUUUAUUGAUCGAGAACCAUGCAGUUUUCUUAAAGCACCAUUUAAUGAUAUUCUUCCAGAAACCUUUAUCAUUCCUUCCAACCAGCUAAAAUGAAUGUUUUAUUGUACAUACUAGCAAAUCUUAAUGUCACUGUGCACUCUAAAAUAUAUAUUAAUGUUCUUCCUUUAGAAAGAAAAUGUUUGGUAUGAAAUUUAAGGCUUCAACACGAAUGUGGUGUUCAAGAAGUUGUCUAAUAAGCUUUUUUUCCCCAGAAAAGGUUUGGAGCUUCAGUAUCAUACACAGCCCAUGGACAAGCAUGGAGCUAUGGGGUUGACUAACAAGCUUUUUCCCCCCAGAAACACCCUUGUCCAUGGGUUGUGCCUGAUAUUGCAGCUCAGUUCGAUUUACUUGAGUGGGGUUGGAGCUUUAAUAUCAUACACAGCCCAUGGAAGAGAAUGGAGCUAUUUCUGGAGGGGGGAAAAAUCACCUUCUUUAAAUACUGUUCGGCAAAACCUAAGUCAGUGCCCAUUAAUUAGGUCAUUGUAAACUAUUUGUCAGACCUAAUUUACAUGACUAAAAAUCAUUCAUAGGAUGAAAGGUUUUAAAAUAAUGUGCGAGAGCUAAAUGAGAGCUUUAUCUUUUAACUAUGAGGGAUCGGGUUCUUGUUGCAUUGAAAAGUGAGAUUUUCAAGUAAAAAUUGAGACGUUUUGUCAGAGGAACCUGGUUACAGCUUCUUGCUUUUGAACUUGUCUUCAAUUGUUGUAUUUAGAAUGGUUGGGAUUGAGGAGCCAUACUCUUUAUUUCCAAUAACUUUAUAAAUCCCUCCAUUGGCUUUUUACAUCACUUGUAGACCAUGGUAUUUUACUACCAGAAGUUAUUACACUUAUCAGUAUUGGCACCAAAUGUUAAAAUCGCUGACUGGUAUUUAGUCAAGGUGCAUUUUGGUGUAUCUUGAUCACUGGUCGAGGGUCUAACAAUUGUGAAUUGCAAAUCUCUCAUUUAUCUUCCACCAGUGACACCAUCUACUCAUGCUGCUUUGUGUGGUAUACAACAAUUAUUCAAAGUCAAUAAGCUAAGAUGUUUUCUUCUGACUCACCUCAUUUUUUACUGCUGUGCAUGAAACAUUUCAUACAGGACAAACACCGGGAACUAGGUGCUUAAUGUUUAAAAUAAAUUUACUUAACUCGGACCAACUUUGGUUGGAUCUGUUGGUUCAGUGUUAAGGUGGCCAUACCAUACACCUUCAGUUUCUGUUGUACGACUGACGGCUAUUCAUCUCAACAUCACAGCUAGAGAUGAGCGAAUCGAUUUAACCUGAAAUAGUAUAAAAAAACAAAUAAAUCAAACUUACCUCCUCCAUUUGCUCGCGACGG